AUGUCGCUGGCGCAGGCAUUGCUCUCGCGAGCCAGCAAUGCUGGCAUCCCCACCUCCAAUCCUUCGGUGGGCAACACUGCUGCUGGCGGAGGACUUGCCGCCUUCUUGGCCAAAACGCAGUCAUCUGCCAACAAGGCGCCCUCGAACGAUGGCGACGUCAAGAUCCGCAUCAACGUAGCCUCCUUCCGCCCACAGGCGACGCUGCCGCCCGCCAAUCAUGCACAGCAAGCUACUACGCAGCUGGUCCGCUCCGUGCGCAUGCUCCUGUCCUCCGCAUCGACUGGCGGCGCAUCGCUCGAGUCGCUCUACACCACCACGCGCACGCUCGUGCAGUUCUCGACGCCCGAGUCGCUCGACGACCUUUACGACAACAUCAAGAUCGAAAUUGAACGCGCCGCCGGCACGUAUGCCAAGAGCCUGCACAGCUCCGGUUCGAGCUCGGACGACGAAACGCUCUCGGCGACCGUCUCGUGGCUCACGCAGCUCGAGUCGAUCUGGUCCAGCUGGUGCACCAACCUCGGCCUCGUUCGAGACGUGCUGCUUCCCUUGGACCGCCACUUUCUCCGGCUCAGCUCCGCUCCCUCGGUACUUGCCGCCUCUGCCACUACUGCGUCCACGGCCAACACGGGCCGCCUGACCAUCUGGGACCUGGGUCUGGACAUCUUUGGCCACCGCGUGUUGAGCGAUGCGGCUCUGUCACGCUUGAUCCUCGACCGUAUCGUGGCGGCUGUUGAUGGCGAGCGCAAGGAGUCGAUCCAGUACCGCUCGCUCCACACGCGCAUCGCGGCCAUGUUCCGCCAGCUGCAUGCGGACAAGGCGCUCGACGAUGCGCUCGUCGCGGCCACCAUCGCCUUUUAUCGUGCCGAGUCGGCGGCGUCCAUCGCCACGCUCUCGCCCAUCGCGUAUGUGGACCAUGCCGACCGACGCAUCUCGGAGGAAGAGCAGCGCAGCGAGUGGUGUCUCGUCACCGACCAGGGACGUCGCGACAAUGUCGCGGCUGCGCGUCAGCAGCUGGUUGCCGAACAUGCCAGCCGACUGCUUGCGGGUCUGCCCGACCUCAUUGCUGCACAGCAGCUCGACGGCCUAGCGCGCCUCUACCGGCUGAUCAAGAGCAUUGAGCGGCUGCCCGAGCUGCGCCAGGCGUUUGGCGAGUACAUCAAGCAGCACGGUGCGGCGAUCGUCAACGACCGUGCGCGCGACGACGACAUGAUCGAGCGGCUGCUCGAAUUCAAGGCGCUCAUCGAUGCCAUCGUCUCGACCGGCUUUGCGCACGACGGCGACUUUGUGCACACGCAAAAGGACAGCUUCGAAGUCUUCGUCAACCGGCGCGAAAACAAGCCCGCCGAGCUCAUCGCCAAGUUCGUGGAUGCCAAGCUGCGCAGUGGCAACCGCACCAUGACGGAUCAGCAGCUCGAGCACAGCCUGGACGAGGCGCUCAUCCUCUUCCGCUACACGCACGCCAAGGACAUGUUCGAAGAGUUCUACAAGCGACACUUUGCCAAACGGCUGCUGCUCAAUCGGUCGGCCUCGUCGGAUGCAGAGCGCAGCAUGCUGCUCCGGCUCAAGGACGAGUGCGGACCCGAAUUCACCGCCAAGCUUGAAACCAUGAUCAAGGACGUCGACGUAUCCAAGGACCUCAUGGACGAGUAUGGACGCUUUGCAGCCAAGCAGCGAACCGAGGCCGGGGCAGGUGCGGCCGAUUUCGACCUGCACGUGAGCGUGCUGACGCAGGCGCACUGGCCGACGUAUCCGAACAUCGACGUGGUGCUCCCCACCGAGCUCGCCGCGGCCGCCGAGCAGUUUGAAGCGUUCUACCAGAACCGCAACAGCGGUCGACGUCUGCACUGGCAGCACUCGCUUGGCACACUCUCCAUCACCGCGCACUUUGAAAAGGCCGGCAUCAAGGAGCUUCAAGUGAGCACGUUCCAAGCGGUGGUGCUGCUGCUCUUUGGCGCUCUGGCUCCCGGGGCCAAGUUGAGCUACGCCGAUAUCCGCACCCAGACUCGACUGGACGAUCAGGAGCUCAAGCGGACGCUGCAGAGUCUGGCGUGUGGACAGAUCCCCACGCGCGUGCUGCGCAAGAUGCCCCAGGGUAAAGACGUGAAUGAUGACGACGAGUUUAUGGUCAACGAUGCACUCCGGAACGAGCGACACCGCAUCAGGAUCAACCAGAUCCAGAUGAAGGAGACUGCCGAAGAGCAAAAGUCGACCGAACAGCGCGUGUUUUUGGACCGCGAGCUCAUCCUCCAGGCCGCAGCCGUGCGGGUGCUCAAGGCACGCAAGACGAUCAAACACUCGGAACUCAUCACCCAAGUCGUCGACCAGAUCAAGAGCCGCUUCGCCGUCGACGUCGCAGAGAUCAAAAAGGUGUUUGAGAUCCUCAUCGACAAGGAGUACAUGGAGCGAGUAGAAGGUCAGCGGGGCACCUACCGCUACCUUGCCUAG